AUGCCGUCGAAUACGGAUGACGAUGAGAGCGAGGCGCCCUUCCCAACGCUAGAUUACGAUGGCCCCCCCACCUUCAACUCGCACCUAUCCCCCAACGAUGCCUUCAUGUCGCCUCCGCGGCGAAGUGGCGGCACGGCUUCGGCACGAGCCUUCACGAAGCGUAUGGGUGGGGAGCACGGCGCAGGAAGACGACGGAAGCGUGCGUGGAAGAAGCUGAUGUGGGUGAAGCAGUCGUGUACGUGCACCUCUUGCCUCCUAACCCUCGAUGGCGGAAGCAGGUCAAGUCAAGUCAGAGUACUGAUGAGAAGGAUGGCGACAGACCCGGACAACUACACGGACCAGGCAACUUUCCUCGAGAACCUACAGAGAAACCCGCGGCUCAAGCCAUACGAUUUCUGGCCCCUGGUGGCCGACUCGACCGUGAUCCUGCAGCAUGUGUGCUCCGUCAUCAUAUUUGUCGUGUGCUUCGCGUGCAUCUUCCAGGAGCGCGUGUCACCGGUGUCGAUAGUCGAGUGCAGCAGCGUCAUGACGUUUUCCGGCUGGCUCCUGUGGGAGCGCUGGGUAUCGGAGGAAGAGAAGGUUGACGAGUCGGGAAACAACAACGCUGGCGGCGGCGGGACGGGCAUCGCCGGCACCUGCAUCGGUACGGGUGGUGGAGCGGCCAAUGCCAUCAUCGGCCGCAGCGGUAGCCGUCGCAAUAGGGCUGCGAGCCUGCGCCGGCCGAUUGUCCUACAGUCACAGACGAGGGUGUCCUCGUCGUCAACGGCGUCGUCGGCCCCCUCAUCGCGACCCGAAUCGUACGACGCCUCGGCCACCAGCUCAUCGAACCAUCUGCCGGCCACCACAAAGAUCACGGCUCCUCCUCCGACGGCAGCAUCCGCACCGGCUACGGCGGCGACGGAAAAUUCAACGCCAAACGGGAGCCAGGAGGCGCUGCACCAGCAUCAGCAGGCGCAGGGAGCGGAUGUGCCGCUGUUUGAACCGGAGGACGACAGCCCGAUCCACCAGCGCCUGGGAACCAUCAAGUCUGCGGCGCUCAUCUACUCGACGCUGUUGGGUCUGAGCCCGAUCCUCAAGUCCCUGACGCGGUCCACGUCGAGCGACAGCAUCUGGGCCAUGUCGUUCUGGCUGCUCGCGAUCAACAUAUUCUUCUUCGACUACUCCGGCGGUGUGGGCGUCAAAUUCCCCGCCUCGCUGUCGACCAACGCGGCGCUGAUGGCGUCGACGGUGCUGGCCAGUCGCCUCCCGUCGACGAAGCAGGUGUUUAGCAUCACACUCUUCAGUAUCGAGGUCUUCGGGCUGUUCCCCGUCUUCCGCCGCUACGCACGCCACCGCAGCUGGCGAUAUCACGUCAUCCUGACGGUGCUCCUCGUCCUCGGCGCAGGUCUGGGCGUCGGGCUCGUCAUGGGCGAGGGGAAGAAUGGCAGUCCCUGGUCCUGGAAGAGUGGCAUCGUCGGCAUGGCCGUCAGCGUCAUCCUUUCGGUCCUAGGAACCGGAGGAUGCAGCUGGUGGCUCAUCGGCCUCCAAAAGUACAAGAAUGAGAUACACGGGCCCUGGGAUCCUGCCAGGCCCAUCAUCAUGAGUCGCCAGCGGUGGGACGACAGGUAA